AUGGAGCACGAUACUGGGCCGUCCGAGGUCCCGCAGGGCUCUCAACUCACUGCACAGCAGGACAAGUGGUCGGCCUACGGUGCGACGAGGUCGACUGUCAAUGAGCAGCCGCUGAGCAAAGAGGAGCUGGACAAGCUGACCCGCUUCUUCCAUGCCACGUUGUAUCUAUGCCUCGGCAUGCUCUACCUCAAAAACAACCCACUGCUAAGAGAGCCCUUGAAGAAGGAGCACCUCAAGCCUCGAUUGCUCGGGCACUGGGGAAGUGACGCUGGGCAGAGUUUCACGUAUAUCCACUUCAACCGUAUGGUAAAGAAGUACGACCUCGAUGCCUUCGUAGUCUCCGGACCCGGCCACGGUGCUCCAGGCCUGAUCUCCAACUUCUACCUCGAAGGUGUCUACAGCGAGGUCUACCCAAACAAGAGCGAGGAUGUCGAAGGUCUACAACGCUUUUUCAAGCAAUUCUCCUUCCCAGGUGGGGUGGGCAGCCACAUGACACCGGAAACACCGGGUUCCAUCCACGAGGGUGGUGAGCUCGGAUACUCGAUCAGCCAUGCUUUUGGUGCUGUUUUCGAUCACCCCAAGACCAUUGCUUUGACGAUUGUUGGUGAUGGCGAGGCGGAGACUGGACCGUUGGCAACGAGCUGGCAUAGCAACAAGUUUUUGAAUCCCAUCACGGAUGGUGCGGUACUACCUGUGCUACAUCUCAACGGCUACAAGAUCAAUAAUCCGACGAUUCUGGCACGUAUCGGCGAAGAUGAGCUGAUCAAGCUCAUGGAAGGGUACGGCUGGAAGCCAUAUGUGGUCGCUGGAUCGAACCUGGAAGAGAUGCACCAAGCUAUGGCUGGGACAGUCGAGAAGUGUGUGCAAGAAAUUCUGCACUACCAGAAAGAAGCUCGUGAGUCCGGUAAGGUGUACCGACCCCAAUGGCCCAUGAUCAUCCUGCGAUCACCCAAAGGCUGGACUGCACCUCGCAAAGUCGGGGGUCACUAUCUCGAAGGUUUCUUCCGCGCUCAUCAAGUGCCUUUGCCCAAGGUGCAUAACGAUGAGGAGCAGUUCGCGAUGCUCGAGAAGUGGAUGCGGAGCUAUGAGCCCGAGAAGCUCUUCAACAAGGAUGGCAGGCUGAUUGACGAGCUUAAGGAAUUGCCUCCAAAGGGAAAUAAGCGCAUGUCUGCCAAUCCCAUCACGAAUGGCGGCUCGAUCAGACAGCCACUCAAGCUGGAGGAUUUCAGAAAGUGGGCUAUCAAGGUCGAUAAGCCCGGCACCACGGAAGGACCCUCCAUGGCCAACUUUGCCGAUUUCAUGAAAGAUAUCAUGAAGAAGAAUCCCGACUCCUUCCGCCUCUUCGGCCCAGAUGAAACAGAAUCUAACAAGCUGUCAGCAGUCUACGACGUAACGAAGAAAGUCUGGAUGAACGGCUACUUGCCCGAGGACGAAGAUGGCGGGAACCUCGCACCUGCGGGUCGAGUCAUGGAGAUGUUGUCCGAGCAUACUUGUGAAGGUUGGCUUGAGGGCUAUACGCUCAGUGGUCGACAUGGCCUGCUCAAUUCGUAUGAGCCUUUCAUUCAUAUCAUCGAUAGUAUGGUUAAUCAGCAUUGCAAGUGGAUCGAGAAGUGUCUGGAGGUGUCGUGGAGGGAGCGGGUGAGCAGUUUGAAUAUUCUACUUACUUCUACUGUGUGGCGACAAGACCACAACGGCUUCACCCACCAAGACCCCGGCUUCCUCGACGUCGUCGCCAACAAAUCCCCCGAAGUCGUCCGCAUCUACCUGCCCCCCGACGGCAACUGCCUCCUCUCCGUCAUGGACCACUGUUUCCGCAGCACAAACUACGUCAACACCAUCGUCGCCGACAAACAACUCCACCUCCAAUACCUCAACAUGGAAGACGCCGUCGCGCACUGCACCAAAGGGCUGGGAAUCUGGCCCUGGGCCUCCAACGACGCGGGCGCCGAACCCGACCUCGUCAUGGCCUCGUGCGGUGACGUCGUGACGCAAGAAGCUCUAGCGGGUACGCAACUCCUGCGGGAAAUGCUUCCGGACUUAAAAAUCCGCUUCGUGAACGUCGUGGACCUGUUCAAGCUCAUGCCGAACAAAUACCAUCCCCACGGCACCACAGCAGAAGAAUACGCCGCGGUCUUCACGAACAACAAACCCGUCAUCUUCAACUUCCACUCGUACCCCUGGCUCGUGCACCGCUUGACCUACCAGCGCGAGGGCCAGCAUCUGAUGCAUGUGAGGGGUUAUAAGGAGAAGGGGAAUAUUGAUACGCCCCUGGAGUUGGCGAUCCGGAAUGAGGCCGAUCGGUUCUCGUUGGCUAUUGCGGCGAUUGAUAGUCUGAAGAGUGUGUUGGGGAAUAAGGGCGCUGGGGCGAGGGGGAAGCUGGUGGAUAUGAGGACGAAUGCGAAGAAUCAUGCGUAUGAGACUGGGAUGGAUCCCGAGGAGUUUGAGCACUGGACGUGGAAGUUUUGA